CCUAUGUAAUAUUGGACGUUUGGACGUGAAGAAUCACAAGAAUUAUUACAGAACAUAUAUAUAGAAUUGUGUCGCUCCUCCAGUGAGGACGCACGUGAAACGGAUAAUCGCUACGUUUCAUCGGAAAUAAUCUGAGGAUGGUCCUUACAAAGGAGUACCGUAUUUGCAUGCCGCUCACUACAGAGGAGUAUCGCAUCGGCCAACUAUACAUGAUCGCCAGACAUAGUCAUGAACAAUCCGAUAACGACGAAGGAGUGGAGGUGGUUGAAAAUACCGUCUGCGAGGAUCCUGUUCAUGGAAAGGGCCAGUAUACUGAAAAAAGGAUCCAUUUGUCCAGUAAACUCCCUUAUUGGAUUCAAUCCAUCUUACCACGAAUAUUUUACGUGACAGAAAAAGCAUGGAAUUAUUAUCCCUUUACUAUAACAGACUACACUUGCUCCUUUAUGCCAAAAUUCCAUAUAGCAAUAAACACACGGUAUGAAGAUAACAAUGGCUCCACAGAAAAUUGCUUAGGGCUGUCACCCACGGAAUUGAUCCAUCGAGAAGUCGAUUUUGUAGAUAUUGCAUAUGACGAGCUUACUGCAAAACAUUACAAAGAGGAGGAAGACCCAAAAUACUUUCAAUCGAAAAGAACAGGCCGUGGUCCUCUGGUUGAAGGUUGGAGGGACACAACGCAACCCAUAAUGUGCUCGUAUAAAUUGGUUCAUGCCUCGUUCGAAGUCUGGGGCAUGCAAACGCGAGUAGAAGAUUUUAUACAUAGAUGUAUAAGGGAUAUUCUAGUGCUAGGUCAUAGACAGGCAUUUGCCUGGAUUGACGAGUGGUGUGAUAUGAACCUGGAAGAUGUACGACAAUAUGAGCAAAAGAUGCAAACCGAAACAAAUGAAAAGGUUAGACUGAAAAAUCAACUUGAUGAGAAACAGACCGGUACACCAUCCUCAUCUAUGCCAACCACACCAAAGUCGCCAACACAACGAUCGUGGUUUUCUUGGUCGUAGCCACAAUUAGUACAACAAUUGAUUUUGAGCUCUGCAGCAGUUUUCUAUUGCUCCGCGAUUAAUAUACGAAGGAGUGGCAUUCUCAGUUAUGACCAUCUUUUAUCUGUCUUAGAGAAUGCACAAAUCAGUCAUGAUAUAUUCUUUAAAUAAAUUCUAUACUAGUUAAUCAGUGGUUUUGU